AUGGAAAACAAAUAUGGGAAAUUUAGAAAAUGUUAUUACAUAUGGGUGCUUGUAAUUAUAGCUGUUUUGGUAGUGUGUAUAAUAUUAUGCGGCGCAGAAGCUGAAGAGGACGAAGAAGACAAUCGGCAAAUGAUUUACUCUGUUUUGGUCGAAGGUGACCCUUUGGCCUUCCGUCACCCUUCCACCUUCCGCAGCAAAGCCGUGAGGGACGAAGCGAAGAAGAUGGAAGAGUUUCAUGAAGAAAUACUUGCAAAAACACUUGAAAAUGGAAGCUAUACAAAGCUUUAUAGCUACAAACAUAUCAUCAACGCUUUUGCUAUCCACACGUCACCUUCUCAGGCCAAGAAACUGAAGCGUGCGAAAGGGGUAAAAGAAGUGGAGGAAGACAGAGGAGUGAGGGUGAUGACGACAUACACUCCCGAGUUCUUGGAACUGCCCCAACAUGUCUGGACACAGAUCUCCGGCGGCGACAGGCAUGCCGGAGAAGAUGUCGUUAUCGGUUUCGUGGACACGGGAAUCAACCCUUCUCAUCCGAGCUUCGGUUUUGAUCUCACAAAUCCAUAUUCUUCCAAUCUCUCUCGCUUUUCCGGUGUAUGUGAGACCGGUCCUCUCUUUCCGGUCGGUUCUUGCAACGGCAAGAUCAUCUCGGCCAGGUUUUUCUCCGCCGGCGCAAGCCCCCCCGCCGUUCUUAACGCCUCUGUGGACAUACUUUCACCGUUCGAUGCGUCCGGCCAUGGGAGCCACGUGGCAUCCAUUGCAGCUGGAAACGCAGGAGUUCCAGUGAUCGUCGACGGAUUCUUCUACGGCCGCGCUAGUGGCAUGGCCCCACGUUCACGAAUAGCUGUUUACAAGGCCAUCUACCCAACUAUCGGAACUCUUGCUGACGUAAUCGCAGCAAUCGAUCAAGCGAUAAUGGACGGAGUAGAUGUGCUGACGCUGUCGGUGGGGCCGGACGAGCCGCCGGAGGACAAACCGACGGUGCUGGGGAUGUUCGACGUGGCGAUGCUGUUGGCCAGGAAAGCGGGAGUGUUCGUGGUCCAAGCCGCAGGGAAUCACGGCCCUUCUCCGUCUUCAGUCGUGUCUUACAGCCCCUGGGUCGUCGGAGCCGCAGCCGGAAGUACGGACAGGUCUUAUCCCUCUUCCCUUUUCCUCGCCGGCGGCCAGAACGUUGGAGGCAUCGGACUUUCUGGGCCAACAUUUGGAGCCGGUUUGCUACAGCACAAGCUAGUGUUAGCAAAAGACGCAAUGAGAAGGAACAUGUCGUUUCUUGGGACGGAAGCAAGCGUAGAAGAAUGCCAAAGCCCCGAAGCAUUAGAGCCGGCGAUUGUAUUCGGAAGCAUCGUGAUAUGCACUUUCUCCGACGGGUUCUACAACCAGACCUCCUCCCUCCUCAACCUCCUCUCCACUGCCGCCUCUCUCCGCUUCUCGGGUUUCGCCUUCGUGGCCAACCCGAGGUUCGGAGACUUUGUCGCAGAGCCUGUGAUUUUCCCUCUGCCCGGAAUUCUCAUCCCCAAAGUCUCUGAUUCUCAGAUUGUGAUGAGGUACUACGAGGACAAAACGUACAGAGACAAGAGAGGAACGGUGACAGAGUUCGGAGGAAGAGCGAGAAUAGGAGAAGGAAGAAUAGCUGAAUUGGUCGGAAAAGCGCCGGCGGUGAGCAGAUUCUCGUCCAGGGGGCCGGACUUCAUCGACGUGAAUCGGAAAGUCCUGGAUGUGCUGAAACCUGAUGUUCUAGCUCCUGGUCACCAGAUCUGGGGUGCUUGGACCCCUCCAAGUGCCUUUGACCCCAUCCUCACAGGACGUAGCUUUGCGCUAUUGUCAGGUACGAGUAUGGCGGCGCCGCACAUAGCAGGGAUCGCCGCGCUGAUAAAGCAGAUGAAUCCGACGUGGACUCCGGCGAUGAUAGCGUCGGCUAUUUCCACCACUGCCUCCGCCGUCGACAGCUCCGGCGAAGUCAUUGCGGCGGAGUCCUACGACGUCUACGGUUUAUUUCCUUCUAACCAUUUUGACCGUGGAGCCGGUCAUGUUAAUCCGGGCCGGGCCAUGGAUCCUGGCCUUGUUUUACCCGCAGGUUUUGAAGACUACAUUAACUUCUUGUGCUCAAUACCGGACAUAAACCGGGAUAUGGUUAGAGCCUCUAUCGGAAUGUGGUGCACCACGACGACGCUUAGCCACCCCGCAAACCUAAACCUCCCGUCGAUAACUAUUUCAACACUCAAAGGGUCUCUAAUGUUGAGAAGAAGUUUCCAGAAUGUUGCCAACAAAACCGAAACAUACAUCUGUUCGGUAUUUCCACCCAAUGGAACGACGGUUCGGUUAAGCCCACCUUGGUUUACGAUACCGGUUCAAGGAAAACAAGAUCUAGACAUCGAAUUUAACGUCACAGAAGUUCAAAAUCAAUUCACUUUCGGUGAAAUUGUUCUAACGGGAAGUUUAAACCAUAUUGUGAGAUUGCCAUUAUCGGUUAAGACUGUACCGAUCGUCUAGUGUAAGUGUGCAGAAUCAAUUUCGGUUCGGGUUAUCUUGGUUAUAAUUUCAUUCGGUUUGACUUGGUGUAGUGUUACGAUAUUAAAAACUAGUUUGAUAUCGAUUAGAAAUUGAAUUUGGAUUACAUAAAACUCUUAAAAAGCAUAUGAGGUUGUUCAGAUGCCAAUCCUAG